GCCGGCGCCAGGAUGGCGCCCGAGGCGCGCCCCGAGGCCGUGGGCCGCGGCGCGGCGGACGACCCUGCCAGCCCGCCGUGCGGCGGCGCUGUUGCCGCCGCAGUGAUGGGCGCUUCCGCCGAUUCCAGAGAGAUCCUCAGGAUCAGCAUGACCGGCGCGUCCCCGCUCGGAGACCUGAAUGUGCGCGGCGUCUCGGGCGGCCCCGAGCGCCUGAGGCCCUGGCCGCCGAGGCCGCGCCUCGCCACCGCGGGGGGGAGCCCGCGCAGCGCCAGCGCGGAGACGGACGACGAGGACCUGCCCCGCUCGGUCUCCGCGCCCGCCAUCCCGGCGUCCACCCCCAAGGGGCUCCGCCCCUCGGUGCUCGGGAUGCCAGGAGCCCUGCAGCGGGCGAACAGCCUCACGCCCUCCCAUCAGACCGAUGCUUCCGACGCGGAGGGCCGGUCGUGGCGCAGGAAGCCGUCCCACAACUCCACCUUCAACAGCAGCGACGUGGCGAAGAGCGCCCACACCGCCAGCGUGCGGCGGCUGUCCACGCACAUCUGCUCGGAUCAGCUGCCUGCCCCUGUGGCAGACUGCACGCCCGCCAUGGUCGAGCGGAUGCUGGUGGACGAGUCGGAGAAGAUGCUGAAGAAGUUCACCUCCCGUGCCUACGAGAACAACUUCGAGGCGGUCCAGCUCGAGCGGCAG